GUUGGAGCUUUAGGAUCAAGACAGUGUACUGGAGAUCGAGCGCAUCCUUGCGUACGCACGGUACUGGAGACCGAGGGGCAUCCCAGCACACUGAUUACAACCGGAGCGACCGGCGAGUCCCAGCAUCCUAUCACAAACCAAACAUCCAGGAUCAUCCAACAGAGAGGAAGGGAAACACUCUUUUUUUCAUCUUCUGGCUGUGUGAUUUUGUUUCUCGCCGGGUUUUGAACAGUGGAUAAGAUGCCAUGUUAAAGUACUCUGAAUUAUUUGUAGGCGUGCGUGUCUUCUUGUGUGACAGCUCUGCCCUAAAAUCGUUUUAUUAGAAGCCUCUGUCAGCACUGGCUGCCAUACGACGCUCUUCUCCUUGGCCGAUGCGUCACCGGGACAACCAAACCGGGUCCGCUCUUCUCGCCUGAGCCGAUCUGCAGCUUCCUGUGCUGAACACCUUGGUUGAAUUUUGCCACGGAUCCAUAAAAGGACUGAUUUAUUUUUUUCAACCUUUUGACUUUUCCUCCAGUGAGGACGCGAUCGCCAACCCUUCCUGGUUCUUUGCUUUUUGGGACGCUGAGUCAUUUUACGCAUGCAGGGAGAAAUCUGUGGUGACACCUGAUCGACUGGCUUCUCUUGCGCACGUUUGACCCAGGAGCUCCAGGCGAAUCGGGGAGGGAGAGAGCAGAUACUCGGUCAAUGCUCGGCCUGUGCUGUUGAUUUGGUUUGUGUGUUUGCUUCGUUUGUGGGGGGUUGUUGCCCAGCCAAAGCCAUGGUCCAUUGCGCCGGCUGCGAGAGGCCUAUCCUGGACCGCUUUCUGCUCAACGUGCUGGACAGAGCCUGGCAUGUCAAGUGCGUGCAAUGCUGCGAGUGCAAAUGCAAUUUGACAGAGAAAUGUUUUUCUCGAGAAGGGAGACUAUACUGCAAAAACGAUUUCUUUAGGCGGUUCGGCACCAAGUGUGGCGGUUGCUCGCAGGGCAUCUCUCCUAACGACCUGGUCCGGAGGGCCCGGAGCAAAGUGUUUCACCUUAACUGCUUCACCUGCAUGAUGUGCAACAAGCAGCUCUCCACCGGCGAGGAGCUCUACAUCAUAGACGAGAACAAAUUCGUUUGCAAAGACGAUUACCUAAACAACGCCAAUGUAAAAGACACCAACCUCCUCUCAGUAACGGCAUGCAGCGACCCGAGUUUAUCACCAGACUCUCAAGACCAGCUACAGGAUGACGUGGUCCUAAAGGACACAGAGAUAGCCACACUGUCCGACAAGGAGACCGUUAACAACGAGAACGACGACCAGAACCUGGGAGGGAAGCGGCGUGGCCCACGGACCACCAUCAAGGCCAAGCAGCUGGAGACACUGAAAGCAGCGUUUGCCGCCACUCCAAAACCCACCAGACACAUCAGGGAGCAGCUGGCCCAGGAGACGGGCCUCAACAUGAGGGUCAUCCAGGUCUGGUUCCAGAACCGACGUUCCAAAGAGAGGCGGAUGAAGCAGCUGAGCGCACUGGGCGCCCGGAGGCACGCGUUUUUCCGGAGCCCCAGGCGAAUGAGGGCGCUGGGUGACCGGUUGGAGCCUGGGGAGCUCAUCCCCAACGGACCCUUCUCCUACUAUGGAGAUUAUCAAAGUGAAUACUAUGGUCCGGCAGGGAACUAUGACUUUUUCCCUCAGGGGCCACCAUCAUCACAGGCCCAGACCCCAGUUGAUCUCCCCUUUGUGCCAUCCUCAGGCCCCACAGGCAACCCCCUUGGAGGUAUGGACCACCCGCUCCCGGGCCACCAUCCCUCCACUGAGGUGCAACGUUUCUCCGAUAUCAUGUCCCACCACCCAGGGGAUUCUCCCAGCCCAGAGCCCGGCAUCCCAGGGCCCCUGCACAGCAUCUCAUCAGAAGUGUUCGGCCCUAGUCCUCCUUUUACCUCACUGUCACUGAACGGGAGCGGAUACAAUAACCAUCUGUCUCACCCGCCCUCAGAAAUGAACGAGGGCACUGUGUGGUAGCUUUGCGAGGGAGCGGACUUUGCUGGCCAGAAAUUCGGUAAUGAAGGGUCGUGAGAUCUGGAAGUGUUGGGGGACUGAGUCCAGAACAGGGACACGGAUAAUGACUGGGUUAGGGCAGUACCAUAAACUAUUUUUUCUCCUUUUUUUUGGGUGAUUUCAUAUUUAUUUAUUUAUUUAUUUUCCCAUUUGUUGUUCUUUUUGACAGGAGAGCAUAUUUAGCAUAAAAAUUAUGCCCCAAAACACUGCAGUAUUACGUUCAGGUGUUUUGAUUGCUUCUUUCAACUCUUACCCCUACCCAGCCUGCAUCCAAAAACUGGACUGAGACAUCUUGUUACCCCUCCUGAUUCCGGUCAGUGGCACUGCAGAGCGACCAAUCCCCCAGUCCCCCUAACACUUAAAAAAAGGAAGAAAAAACACCUUUUCAAAAUCUCCUGUAAUAUGUCCUAAACAUGAAAACAUCCUUAGCUACUGUCAAAGACUUCAAUAGCUUUACAGAGAGAGAAUAAAGGGGCUAAGGGUUGGUUGUGUGCUGACCUGGCACAGUAGGAAGGCUGAGCGGCAUUCAGACUAUGUGCGAGGAACUAGACGCGUCCCUUGUAUUUAUUCAGAAGCUCCUCAGACCUCUUGCCUCUCAAGGCUCUGCCAUAUUGACACUUAACCUUUUUCACAAUAUGUUUCUGGAGGCCAGAAGAAAUGACAGUUUUCUCCUCUGCCUGGACUAUUUGUUUGUUUCGGUUUCAGAAUUUCAACCAAAUCUGAAGAAGGCUGCCUUCAAAAGGCAAACCAGUAAAAGACUCCCUAUGGAUUGCAAGCCCUUUAUUAAAAAUGGAAGUGAACUUGAAAUGGUGAGAUGAAGUCUACCUUCUAAAAAUCUUCUACUGGGGUUCUAAAUGGGACUUAGAACAGUCAACUGUUUACGUAAUCUAUUCAAUUCAGGAGUCCAGAAGUCUCGAAAACCACGUUUUAGAACCUCUCAAUCCAUAUAAAAAUGUUCCAAGCAACCAACCAAACUUUUGUAUUGAUUUCAUUUAUAUUGUACGGAGAUAAAAACACAUUUGCUGGGGUUGUGGUUCACUGUGCUAGUUUGUACGAGAUGUUGUUUACAAAAAAGGUAAAAAAAAUAAAUAAAAACACGAGUAAAGUAGACAUUUGACAAAUGAAAAAAAAAAUAGCACAAAUAUUGUUAAAGUGCUUUGCACCAUCAUCGCAGAACGUGUUGAGACAAAAUGUAAGUGUUAAAAGGAGUAAUCAAAUUCUUAAUUUUUUUAGUCUGCUGACGAUACAUUCAUAAAACUGUUAAUAUACUUAGGUUUUAUUUUUGUGUCUUUAAAGAAGAAAAAUCCAAACUAUUAAAAACUGAUGAUCAAAUAUGCAGCAAGCAGCUGCUACAUCUCUUUGAAUAUCAAGCCCUCAUGGUAUGUCUUUUAUUGUUCCAAUAAACCUAAGCUUAUGUGACCUCCAGUGCAUAUUAGACCAUUCACUGUAUAAAUACCACAUGUUGACAAAUGUGUUUGUAAUAAACU